GGUUCAAAGAUAGGUUUUGUUCAGUGUCUCAGAACGUUUGACUAUGACACUGCUCCUCUGGAAUCUUCUGCAGCCGAGAUGAACUGUGCGUAUUGUGCAUCUGUCCUCGCCGUCCUGCUUCCUGUAUCUCUGAGCGUGGAAAUGACGGGGUUGUUUGGCAGCUUCACUUCCCCCAACUUCCCUCGCCCAUACCCCAACAACCAUCACACAGUGUGGAACAUCUCCGUCCCAGAAAGCCACAGGGUUAAACUCUACUUCACCCACUUCAGUCUGGAACCCUCCCACCACUGUGAAUAUGAUUAUAUUCAGGUGUUUGCAGAGGCCAAUGAGACAUUGCGUUUCUGUGGCGAAGGGGAGAAAGAGUAUGUAGACGCCCCCAGUAACACAGUUAUCCUGUCGGCUGGGAACAUCAUGUCGGUAGUCUUCAGAAGUGACUACUCCAAUGAGGGGCGUUUCACUGGCUUUCAAGCAUUUUACACCUCAGAAGACAUCAAUGAGUGCCUCAGCACAGUAGAUGGAGAGUCUGUGUGUGACCAUUAUUGUCACAAUUAUGUUGGUGGUUAUUACUGCACUUGCAGGUUGGGAUACCUGCUCCAUGACAACAAAAGGUCCUGCACUGUGCCUUGCAGAGGUCAGGUGCUGACGGAGAGGUCAGGAGAGUUGACCAGCCCGGGUUACCCGAGUCCAUACCCCACAAUGAGUCAUUGUAACUACACCAUACUCCUACCAGAGGGAUUCAGAGUGCUACUGGACUUCCAGGAACCGUUUGACGUAGAGGGCCACUCGGAUGUCCCCUGUCCAUAUGAUGUCUUGAAGAUGUAUGGCCUUGGAGUUCCUGACCAAGUUUUCCUUCUCUUCCAAGAUCUUUACGGAAGGACAAGAGUACGGACCGUUCUGUGGAGCAUCUCCUCCUGGCAAGAUAGACACGGGCAGUUACCAAGUACAUGUCUCAUUCAGGUCGGACCUCUCAGGGAAAAACAAGGGAUGGAAGAUUAAGUAUACCAGCUUGGGAGUUCAAAAAGCAUAGUAGAACUUAAAAUCACAUGCUAUGCCAAUGUGAUACCUUGUCUGAAAUCUUUGAUAAUCCACAUGAUAUUAAAAGGCCUAAUUCAUCAAGCAAACUCCAGUGUUAAUUACAUAACACUGUAAAGGGCUUACUGUGAAUUUUCCAGUAAUUUACAGGAAACUAUUGGCAAGUAGGUUUCCCUUUCAAAUAGAGCAUUACCCUCUAGUCAUAAUUAGAUAACUUCCCAUCAAUCAAAACAUUGACAAUUUUUUGUUUCCAGAGUGGUAUCUUACGAAUCAGGUUUGAGGAGUUAGCAAGGUAACUUUGGCCAACUCUGAGUUCAACUUGGUAUAACCAGUCAUACAAAUGUGGCUCACCUUUUAGCCAGGGACACUUCUAUGGCAAUGAAUCCUUAACCUGCUCUGGGGCAGGCUAACAAGGGCUAACUCCAUUUACCCCGAAUUAAGUUUCUGUGCUGCAAGUUAAAGACCAAUGAAAUCAGAUUCCCUUGCUCUAGCAAAAAUAUUGUCAUCAUCAACUUCAUUGAAGAAGAUAGUAAAGACAGAAUGCAUUUGAAACUUCACGCACAUUAAAACCUUUGAUUGAAAAAUAAAAUGAUUAUGAUGAAAUUAUUUUAUCGAUAGGAGUGGGGGAAAAAGGUGCUCAUGCAUUGAUAACCACACCAAAGACGGCAUAAACAAUAGGUAAUAAAAUCCUGAGUGGAUCUAGCGUGCUUCAUAGGAUACCCCUCUGGUAUUGUUUUUUAGGGUUUACUGUAAUCGUGAGCAGUUCUUUAAAACGUACAUCCUGCAGUACUACAUUCCCCCAGUACUACAUUUCUUUUUGAAUGUUGUUUGUACUCUGGCAGAUGGUGAAAUGGUGUGUUUAUCACAUGUGCUUUCUGUUGCUUUGUUUGAUAAUUAGUAGUGUGUGUUUGUGAUUGCUGUUGGGGUUUUCAACCCCCCUAUCCCCAGGUUGUUGUUGUUGGACUAUUCUAAUCUAUUCUACUCAAUUAUAAUCUAUAAUGUGAUUAUGAA